AUGGAGCCUGGAGGCAGCCGGCAGCAUCUCCAGGUUCUGGGAGAGAACGAGGCGCUGCAGCAGUUCUUCAACGGACAGGAUGUGAGCGGUGUGCUGGACAACUCGGUCGCCGUGGAUACGAGCAUCCUGGAGCAAUACCUCAGCAACGACGUGGAUCCCAGCAGCUUCAUGCUCCCUGAGUCUCCUCCUGAUUCCAGCUCAGAGGCCUGUUCACCUGCACAGAUCCCAGGUACCAUCAUCUACAAGCCGUCCUAUUGGUCCAACCAGCAGACCACCCAGGAAGUGUUUGAACCCACGAGCCAAUCCGGUGCCUACUGUCGCUUUAAGGAUCGAGGCUCCGCCCCCACCCACCCCGAGCUGCUGACCCACCACCAGCUCCACACUUUGGGCCUCACGAAUACGUAUGUGAAGUCCGGGACUCCACCUGCUCCUCCACACCUUCAUGCUCACCACUCACCUGAGCACUACCUGAGUCCAGAGAGCUGUUCGCAGGUUUACACUCCACCCACGCCUCCGUCUCCGCCCUCCAAUGGCUACGUCACUGGUCCAGCUGUAGCCACGCCCCCUUCUGUCGGUUUUCCAGGCUCCGCCUCCACACUACGUACCUGCUCCCCGGACACUAAAAAGAGGCGGAGAUCUGAGUCUGAGGAAGCCUCGAUGUCCUGCGGUGAAGGUGACGGGCCUCACGGUGGCGCUGUAGGGAACAGUGUCGGUGGACUGACGCUGGGAUCCCACCAGCUGCUGACGUGGGAACAGUACCAGCUGGAACACUGGGGCACUUUUUACGACAGCAGCUACCAGAUUCUAUCUCCUCCUGCCUACCACGUCGAUACAGAUAAAGGCUUCAACUACUCUGCCAUCGACGAAGCCUUUGUCUGCCAGAAGAAGAACCACUUUCAGGUCACCGUCCACAUCGGCGUGGCUGCAGAACCACAAUACGUCAGAACGCCCAGCGGACCCCGACAGGUCGACCACUUCCAGAUGAAAGUGUUCGGGGUUAAGCUGGAAACUCCGAGCCACCAAGUGACCAUCGAACAGUCCCAACCGGACCGAACCAAGAAACCUUUCCACCCGGUCAGGAUCAGUCUGCCCGGUGGUAAAAUAACCAAAGUGACGCUCGGCAGGCUGCACUUCAGCGAGACGACGGCCAACAACAUGAGGAAGAAAGGAAAGCCCAACCCCGACCAGAGGUAUUUUCAGAUGGUGGUCGGUUUGUACGCUGCAGUCGGAGAGGAAACUUUCCUCCUGACAGCUCUGGUGUCAGAGAGGAUCAUCGUCAGGGCGUCCAACCCAGGUCAGUUCGAGACAGACGGCGACGCCUUGUGGCAGCGGGGGACGCAGCAGGAAGCCGUGUUCUGUCAGGGUCGCGUCGGCAUCAACACCGACUCCCCCGACGAGGCGCUGGUUGUUUGCGGUAACGCCAAGGUGAUGGGCGCCGUCAUGCAGCCAUCCGACCGACGCGCCAAACACAACAUCCAGGAGGUCGACUCCGAGCAGCAGCUAAAGAGAAUCACUCAGAUGAGGAUAGUCGAGUUUGAUUACAAACCCGAGUUUGCCUCCAGUAUGGGAAUCGACCACACCCACCAGACAGGUAUUAUCGCUCAGGAGGUGAAGGAACUGCUGCCGUCUGCAGUGAAGGAAGUCGGAGACGUCAGUUGUAGUGACGGAGAGACGAUAGAGAACUUCCUCAUGGUGGACAAGGAGCAGAUCUUCAUGGAGAACGUCGGCGCCGUGCAGCAGCUGUCGAAACUCACCGACAACCUGGAGACUCGAAUCAACGAGCUGGAAGUCUGGAACCGUCGACUGGCCAAACUGAAGAGUCUGACGGGCAGCCUGCGCUCCACCGGGAGGCCUCAGAAACACAGCGUCGUGUCGAUCACGCCCAGCAUCGACCCCUGUAAGUCGGAGAAGAUCGAGAAGGAGGUUGAGAGUCAGAAGUCCAGCCACUGCCUGCAGCAGAAGGUGUUCCAGGCCAGCGUCUUCGCCCUGCUGGCCACCAUGGCCUUCUGCGUCAUCUCCAUCACCGCUCUGUACCUGGUCAACCUGAAGGAGGACGACUUCGACCUGAUUCCCGACCUCAAUAACGGCAGCGUAGUUCCUCCACAGACCACCUGGACGAGCACAGUCCCGCCCACCCGUCCUCCGGGUCCGUGGCCUCCAGACGUGGACUUCUGCGACCUGCUGUUCUGUGACCAGGUGCACUGCUGCCCGGCGCCUGCAGGGGGCGGCAACGGCUCCUCAGCCGAUCCCAGCAAGUGGGAAGAUCAGAAGGAUUUACCAGGGACGAACACGACCAUCGAGUCGUUCCGGAUCAAAGAGAGCCAGCAGCUGAUCGACCGCCGCUACUGUCUGAGGGACGAGUGUGGGCCCGGCAGGUUCGUCUUCAGAGUCCCGGUCAGCCAGUUCGUUCCAGACAACAUGAGAGUGACUCUGAUCAUGAAUUCCACGGAGCUGCUGGUGGUUCAUCUGUGCAGCUUCGAUGAAUCGGUCGCCUGCUCGACGCUGAUGGACAAAACCACCGUCACCGGGAGCAGAUACCCGUCAGACACUCAGUGGAAAAGCAACAAAAGGAUCAAACCUUUCAGGGAAUCCUUUCUGAACCUUGUAUUCUAUCAUAUUUACCACAUUAAUGUCAUUAACGUGUGUUUUCAUGUUUCUCUCCAGGGCCAAGCAGACUGCAGUACCGACCACCACUACAUGGGGGCGCUCUUCACAGACUACCACUUCUACUUCUACAGACGCUGCUUAGACCCAUAA